GUUGACAUCACUUCCGCGCAAUCUGUAUUAGCGCUGUGUGUUUACCAUUCCUAUAUCAUCAUUGUUCAUAAAAUAAUUACAUCUUUUCAAUACUUCAUCAACUAGUGUAGUCUAGAACAAAUAAGCUAUAUUUGAAGACAACAGACUGUCAAGCUGACCUUCAUAUGCAGUUUCAACAACAGAAUCCACCAGGCACAGACAUCAGGAAGAGAUAGGUAAAAAUGUAGUUAAUUCAACAUACGAUGUGACAUCAGCUAAUGAACCUAUCAACAUCAACAAGAGAUGAUACUGAUGACACUGACAACUCACAUGACAACCAUCUAUGACAACCAUCCGUUAUAUUGAUACAACCUAGACCCGAUUAUGUCCAGCGCUUAAUGUGAUAAGAAGACUCAGCCAAGGAAAUGUCAUUCUUUUUAAAUGAAGUUGGUCAGUCAGUGUGCUAUAAAUCCCACAUAUGCUUCAUUGGACACAAUUAACACACUUCUAUACUAAAGAACAUGGUUCGACAUAGACCACGACACACGUGUUAAGAUUGAAAUCUAGUCCAGCCAUUAAGAUUACAUUUAAACCGUGAUAUUUUAUCGGAUCGACAGCGUCCUGAUAUACAUUUGCUGCAUUCAACAUAGACCCGAUAAUGGUUCAAUCUUCUUGCUUAGAAGCUGAUACAAAGAUCCCCACGUGAACAAUCACUUGACAAUCACGUGACAAUAACGGGCCAAUCAUAAGGUUCGUGAUCAAAAGUAGACUCAAACUCUCAAGUGUGGACAUAAUAAAUCAUUCGAAAAAUCACUAAAAGUGAUUAAAUAUUUGUCUUAAAAAACAGUAAUCUUAAAUCACAGUCUUUGAUUGUGAAGGUGCCAGUUAAGAUACCAGCUGUAUCAACUCCUGUAUUUUAACUCGAUGAUGACCACGCCAUGAUUGGUCGUUUUCCGGGGAAAUGCAAAAUAACUUCAACUGUCAAAAUCUAGUUGUUGAAUCGGCCGCUCCCUAGAAAGGGAGGCAGCUACGACAUAUUUGAACUUCCCGACGAGCAUGAGCUAAUAGAUGAGACUACAAGUUAUGCCACCUUGAACGUAUGCAGCUCUCUUUUUUAAAGAUAUUAUAGAUGUAGUCAACAACCAAGAGAUUGUAUUCAUUGCCAAAUGUCUAUCACACGCUUAAAACGAUGAAGAACAUGAGGUGAAGGUCCCAGCAUGUCUGUAGACAAGAUUCUAAAAGCGAAGAAACUCCAUCAGGUGCCCAGAUAUCGUGGCGCUACAGUGGAAGAAAAUGGCCCCAUCGUCAUUAAAAACGGGGAAAUUGUACUGUCCAAUGAUAAAGACUCACAAGAACGGCAACAGUUUUACAUACGAUUAGACCAAGAGGGAGUCGUCCCUCCACCUUUCGACCGUUCAUUAAUCAAGGGAGAUGAAGAUGGCAAUGACAACGGCAAUAGUAUGCGGUCAAAAUUUCGAAAGAAAAAAUCAAAGCUGAACAGGAAGCAAGGAAACAAAUCUUUACGCUACAUAAACAUCCCGAGCCGAGUAGGCAUAGCGCUGGACGCCGUAAAGGCGGCCCGGUUGAAAGCCACUUUCUAUGAUAAACUGUACCAAGAGAGGAAAGCCAGGGAAAAGCAGCUGGAAAGUAUGGGCAUGUCUAAAUCAAGCCAGUCGUUCACACGACUACAGUUUAACGAGUCCAUAUGCGAAGCUGCGCUUGCCAGGGUUAGAAAGUCGCGUAGUGGCCCUUUUUACCUUAAUCAGAUGUCAUUGCAUGGCAAAGCCCAGGAAAACAAUAAUGAACACAGCGGCUCGCUAGGGGACAGCGAGCACAAAGAAAUUGUAUUAAGAUCUGGGAGUUUGAGUAACAUCAACAUUGAGAAAACUCAAUAUCUUUCGGAACUUGAAGAGCUAUGGGACCUCAUUGAUAAAAGCAAGCGAGCCAAACCGAGAGAUUUACCUAUAAGCAACGUUAAAUCCUCAAAUACUGGAAUCUUCUACAAAGCUCAGUCAGACAAACGGAGAAAGAGCAACGUUAGUUCUUCCCAGACUAAUGAUUCCUCGGCAUCUUCUCCCAAGUACCGCAGCCCAAAGAUUGUCAAUGCUGUUAGUGACUGGGUAAAUUUUGAAUCCUCCUGUGCUUGGCAGAACUUGGCAAACGCAAACAAUGGCUCGGGAUUUUCGCUUGAGAAAUCUGCUUGUGUCAAAAAAGGAAAGAACUUGAAAAGUUCAAAGUCUAAAACAAGAAAGACUAAGAACGUUGAUAAAGAUGCUAUUAAAGACACGUCCAAUGAAAAUGGCACAACCUCACAAAACAAUGCCUCGGAAAAGGCACAAUCUGUACAAAAAAAUAAAGACUCGUCAGAGCUUGUUGGGGUGGUCAAUGUGAAGAACUCUACCUUGUCGAAUGAAAAGAAAAUGGGCACUAACCAAAAUAUAAGGCAACAGAUGAAACCAAGAAAGAAGAGUCCACAAAAAUCCAAGAGCCGCACUGUUUCAGCAGAGGCGAGGAAAUCUCCUAAAAAGCAUGUGGAAUUCGCAUUGAGCGGCAUUGCUUUGGAACGUAGCAACAAUCGCAUCGAAACUCAGGACAGCAACCAGCCAGAGAAUGAGCUAAAGCCAGUGAUCAGACAAGCGGCCGAGCCUAACGCCUCUGGACUUUGGUCUGUCGGUAUAUGCCAAACGGAACGCCAGGAAUUCAGUGAACUAACACUGGGUGCUGACGCCCCAGAGGUGGAUGAACAUUUGCAGGCAUCCGAGAAUGUGUAUGUCACUGCUGACCACUCCAGGCGUGCAAUAAAAACCCGAGACAUAAGUUUAUCUAAUGAUAUUGGAGAAGCACUAAAUAGUGAAGGCUGCGAAGUGGAUUGUGUAACGGUAGAUGGAGGACAUAGUUCACAAAAGCAUCAAGGUAUUUUGCUUUUGUCAAAAGAGGGUUCUCAACAUCCCUCGGGGUCCACAACACCUUUCAAGAAAACGAAGAUCAUAAAAUCGGUGCCUUCCUUUAAAGCCAAAGUCCUUCAAUAUGCCCUAAAAGAGAAUACUGGCACGUCCGGUGCCUACAGCAUGAGUGCUUCUGUUCCAGGCAUCUCUAUUCCAAUGACAAAGCUGGUCCGGCGUCUCAGUUUUGGGCAUAACUCUAAAGAAACCAAAUCCAAAUGCAAGAACUUCGACAUCACUGCAAACAAAAGCAUCGAAAAGCUGAAUACUAGCCAGCAAAAUGUCACAGGGGCCACAAAACACCCGGGAAAAGGUGAAACUGAGAAAAAGCGGCUUGACGUAAAAGCAAAAGAAAGGUUAUCGAGAAGUCGGCCCUGGAGAAAUAACACGACCUCAAUGACAAACAAGACCGACACACCUCAAAAUAGAAAGCCAAUAGCUGCCACAAAAAGAGACCGACAAGCGUUGACUAAACGCGCCAAGAGUGCUAUCCUAUCCCGGAGUCCUACAGGUUCACCCAAAAAUAUGACAUCAUCGCCUUACUCGAAAAUUAAGAGUAAUAGACCUCCCAUGCCUGUAGACGUUGAGUAUGCCAGCAAGUCUGGCCAAAAUAAGACGCAUCCGCUCCAGGCUGAAGCAACAGUGAAAGAGCUUCAAGCUAAUGAUGAACAACAAAAGCCUGCAUGUUGUGAUGAUAAAAUGAGCAUUGCAAAGGCAGCUAGCGAGACCUCUCUUGACUUAAAUACUUCUUUAUCACUAACGUUUUCAGAAGAUGUUCCACAAUUCGCUAAAAAAAAAGAUACAAUCACAAGCUCAGGGCGCCGGAGGAGGGCGGAGCACCCCAGUAAAACUACACCGAUGCAAGAGACCUUUGAAAGAAAACAUCUCUCUAAAGCGACAGGCAUGCAAAGGAAAUUGUCAGUUAACAACAACCCGGACCUGCAGCUCAAAGUGAACAAUCGUCCAGAGGGGAUUCAAAAGCAGUGUUCCAGCCUGAGCCUUAUGGAUCAAGAUAUUUCUCAGCUUGACAUGGACAAAACGGAAGUGAAAAGCGUUGUCCUCAAACGCCUUUACAGCAUCAACAGCUCUCUGUCCUUAAGUUCCAGUCAUGCCGAAGACUUUCAAAAAUUCAUCUCGCAGACGAGAGCCGGCGACAAUGAACAAGACGGUGGUGCUAAAGCAAACAAGGAAAGCGAAGAGAAGAACCGAGAAGAAUCACCGGAAGAUGCACAACAAAAUUCCACUUGUGCAGCGGUGCAUUGUCACCCAACGCCAACUGACAUUUCCAAAAAGGUGUUUUCAGAUGGUGAAGCUAUAGCAGAGCAAAGCGACGAAGUAAAGUAUAUUGACAGUAAAACAAAAAUUGAACAAGUGACUAAAGUGAAAGGCAACAAUACCUUUUUCGAAACAGGCAUUUUAAAACCAGUAUGUGAUGCAAUUGGUCCCAGGCUUAGAGGAUUAUACCGCCACAGAAAACACAUGACUGAUAUAAAAUCUAUCUCGGAAAAAGGAGAAACAGAUAAAGAGAGCAAUACUUACUUAGAAAUGCUUUUUAAAGACGUGAUCCCCAAAGUCAAAUCUCCUCUGUGGAAAGGUCCAGUGGUCUCAUCCAAUAACAUUGUAUCCUCAUCUGUCGAUCCAGAAUCAAACAUCCCGCCCAGGAUUCCACUAGUAGGGUUGACAGCCUCGCCAAAAAAGAAAGAACCCAAAAAAUACAGCGUGAAAGAAAUUAUUGCCCACCUCAAGAAAGCGCAAAGCUACAAGAAAACUGGCGCCAACUUCAAAUCGGACAAAACAAGGCCGGAUAUUCCUAGCCGGGCUACCUGGAAAGAAAUAGCGAAUAGUUUAAAAGAUUCUAAAACCAAAAGGGACCACUUUUCUAAUCACAACGAAGAGUACGGGAUGCCAAAAUCCGCUCAAGCAAAAGCCAAAAACUCAGUAUCCCCGAGAGGAAAACGAGUGAACAAUUCCCCUCGAGCACGACAUUGGACUACACCAAAAAUUUUAAUGAAAACGCGCGCCUCCAAGUCGCCGCACGUGACCAAAGUUAUCAUUCCUAAAAAGGUAGUGAGUUUCAACGAUUCCCUUAAGCCAGCCACCAAAUCUAGCAACAAAACAAUGGCAGAAAGUGGGAUAGAGAAUGUUGGACAACCUCUUACGACUAGCGUCAGUGAACCAGCUAGCGUCUCGAAAAACACGAAGAGAAAGUUGCCGGAUUCGAUUUCUAGAUCCAAGGUAUUAUCCAAGUCUUCCCAGUUUAAAAUCAAACAGCAACCAAGGGAGAUAAAGUUGGCUGCUAAAAGUUCACUGUUAGGCCCCAAACAUUCUAACCGGGCAAAAGAGCUCUCCAAGUCUAAAGUCAAUUUAAAGAUGCAGCCUACUACAGAGACAGACGACGCGUACACCGAGCCUCCUUCUGAGGCGGCCAGGAGACAAAAACUGGCAUAUUUAAACUACGUGAAAACAGGAACACGAUUGAAGUUUCCGGAAAACAAGAUACAAGUCAUCAAAUAUGUAUCAGACGAAAGUAAAGGCGACGGUUCCUCGUCUUCCAAUGACAGUUUGUCCCGUCAGCGGUCAAAAAUUCCUUACCGAAGAAGCCCAAAGCUAGAUCAAGGUAGCAAGGCCGCGCCGGUCCUCGAGCGAAAAAAAAUUCUCUUGGGCUCAAGGGUCAAGCGAAAAAGCCGAACUGCGUUGGUUAAACAAAAUUCAAAGCUACAGGAAGCAGACGUGAAAAAAAAUAAAGUACUGAAGCGAAACAAGGUGAAGGCCAGAGCUCCGUAUGUGAGAAACUCGCGGAAGAAAACGAUUGCGAACACCAAAGCGUUGAAAGCGGAGAGUUUAGCCGUUGCCGUGGCUACACCUGCAAUAACUGUCAGCGCAAAUCUUGCUGUUCGGAAACAGGAGGUCGGUCAAGAAGAAGCGUCUAGUGCCUCUGAUAAAGCUACUGCUCACGAAUCCCGCCAUCUGGUGAAGAAACCUUCGAGUGAGGUGAACGUUGGGUCCAGGUCUGGUGUUUUAAACUUUCCCGCCAAACUUCUACGUCUAGCUCAGACGCAAACUUUUGGUAAAAAAACCGGACCGGAAGGGUCCAGUCAAACUUCCGUACAAAAAACGUCUAGUUAUUCAUCCGGUCAGGAAGCUACAAAUUCGGCCGCCUGCCAAAGCUCAUCCGCGUUGGGACAACUCCAAGCGGGUGAUCAUGACCAAAAAGAGGUUCACCAGAUGAACUCCACACCGACUACGUCAGGAAGAAAUGUUCACAGCGUCUGCUCUGGCAGACAAAGACAAGCGAAAAAAGAAAACAACACUACAAAACGAAAGAAACUUAAAAUGAAAAAGAUUUCUCAACUAAAACCCAGCCCUUGUCCUAACCCGCAUCAUCAAGUGACUAUGCCUUCCCUCUCGGGCAAUAAGCUUGGCCGGUUACCGCAACCUCCAAGAAAAAAAGCGAGAAAAAAAAUAAGAAAAGCCCCCAAAAACCUCGCUGCAGAUGAUGGGCCUUCAAGCCAAGACAUUGCCAAAACGCCAUCCGACCAAAUAUGUGACCAGCUGGCCUCUCUUCGCAUUGACGAAAACAUCAUUAAAAUCGCCACAGACAAUUUUCUAAAACCUGGUCAGAAAAUGUUUUCCUUGGCUUACAACCGACUGAGAAAUAUUGUCGUGGAUAAAAAACAGGGAGAGAGCUCAACUUGUGUCAAUGCCGAGGUCAGUCAUAGCGCUGCCAAGAAAAAACUAGGGUACAGGAAGCCUAAGGUUUUGAAGUACAAGAAGAAGGCUGCCAAAAAGAAAACUCCUCCUGGCCAUGCUAACAUGAACGACAUGGACGGAUAUUUAAGAGAUCCCGAAGGAAAAAAUUCCGACACCUCUAGGGCGCUGCAGUUACUGUCGACCAGAGGCUCUGAAAAGGAGAAUGCAGAUGAGACGUCUAAAACAAGUCUAAGGUCAACGUUGAUCUGUCAAGCCGAAAGAAUCGUUCUGCAGCUAGCCACAUCCUCCAUGGAAUAGCCAGAGGCCGCCUCCAUGGAAUAGCCAGAGGCCGGUCUCAAGGAACCAGUGAAAUUCCCUAGCCUUAUGACAUCCUAUCACAACUUCCGGCGGAUGUCACUGUUUACUAAUAAACCAAAUCGUCACUUAUCGCACACACACAGACACAAUGUCGAUGCAGUCUGACAGGUCUGAAAGUGUCUCUACAUAUUGUGAAGAAUAAAACAAUGUGUACUGAA